UCCUAGGUCUCUUCUUGCAAGAGACCAUAUGCAUAGAAUAACUUCCUCCCCUUUAAAUAAGAUGUAUUCAGCCCUCCGAACCCCAGGGUUUUGGAGCUGACAACAGGCAGAAUUGCAAGGGUUGUGGCAUGUGCUCCCUACCACUGACUGAGCUGUGUGGCCCAACCCUGACCCUCAGUGUGCUUGCUUGUGCAACAUGGGCAAUAAGCAGCCCCUUCCAAAGGUCCCCUCGAACUCCAGGUGAGAUGCCCCAGCACUUGGGAGGUAGGAGCAGGAGGAUCAGUGGUUCCAGGCAAGGGAGAAGCUAAGGUGGUUUGCUCUGCAAGCAUGAGGAUUUGAGUGUGAUUCCACAGCACCUACCUAACAAUGCAGAUGUGGCCUUAAAUGCCUGGAACCCCAGCGGUGGGGAUGAACAUAGCCUUGGGGCUCCACAGAGGUCAGGGUCAGCCAGCCUAGCCUAAUCUGGGAGCCCUACAGCUCACUGUGUGAUACUGGAUUGUGUGGAAAUUAAGAUGGUUCCUGAGGAAGUACGCCAGAGGUUGACCUCUGACCUCUGCAUGCACACAUGAAACUAUGCACAGAUGUGGGCAGGCAUCAUUCACACCCAAAUGUACAAUGUCCUUAUAAAGGAGACCACAGGUGUGAACACCCAGCACAGAGCCAGGUCCUUGUUCACUCCUGCAGUUUUAUUUUUGUCUCCUUCCUUGCACCUAUCUCCACCUCAUCUCCGUCCUUGUAUUUCACCUUCUACACCUCCAACGUAGAAGAAUCUCUCAUUCAAAAGGAAGGAAGACCUCUGUGGGGUAUGAGAAAAUCCCCACAGUCCACCAGGUAGGUGAUCGGAAUCACCUUGGAAUCUGGUCUAGCUAGUUGUUUGGAAUGAGUGGCCUUAGGGGCAAGUGGUCCCAGGACUGGGAGAAGGCACAUUCACAUUCAUGGAUGAUAGAGAUUAGGAGUCAAAAGGCUGAAAGAUAUCCCCCUUCCUCUGUAUCAACUCACAUUCAGCACCCUCUUGUCAUCCUUGAAAUAAUCUUUACCAAAAAAAAAAAAAGGCAUACUUGUACUAAUGUCUAACCAGUAGUACUACAUGGGGAGAGAGGCUAUGCGGGGUACACAUUGUCUGGUUCAUAUCUCAUCCAGCUAAUUACAGACGGUAAAGCUCAGGGUGGGGCUGUCGGCUGUCAUACAGCUCAAGAGGGGUUGUGCAGGGAUUCAAAUCUGAGCAUCCAGAACUCGGGGCUAUUUGUUGCCUUAGGUCCUUAGGUCCUCUCCACUCCCUCUAGUGCUGACCUCUGAAAGAAAGUGGAAAGGAGAUGGACUCUGGCAGAGGAUGCUGCCAAGGAAAUGCUGGUGUGUGGAUGUCUUUUUUUUUUUUUUUUUGUCAAGUCCUUCUAUGCCCUUGGUGGGGACGGGGACGACGGCAGGCGGCGUAAUCCCGAGGAGCUCCCCAUAUUCUAAACACUGGGGGAGGGGUAUUCUCAUUCCUAGGCACGCCCUCCUUUCAAUCAUCAGACUCUACUACCAUGGUCUCUUGCUCCUUAGCCAAAAAACAAAAACAAAAAAAAACAAAAAAAACCCCUAAGGUUGGGAUAUGUGGUCUCAUGGCACCUUAACCUCCACCUUUGUAACUCUCCCCUGGACAGUCAAGCCAGCUGUGCAAACUCCUAAAUCGGGGUAGGGAAAUCAAACACCUUUUUCAAACAAUCCCCAUUUUAGCAACAAAGGGAAGAGGGAAGCCAGUGUAACCAGUCUAGUUCAGAUACCUUAGACAGGGAAUACCAGCCCCCAGAAUCUACCCAGGGAAUACACCACGAAGCUUAAGAGAAGCUAAGGCUUGGGGGACACCCCCCCCCCGAACUCCUUCUAGCAGCUCCCCUCCUCCCUGCUAAUAGGUAUUUCCUGUUUAUGAGGCAGCUAGGGCUGGGCUUUGGAGAAGGGAUGGAAGAGUUCUUCCCUUCCAUGGGUUGGGUUGAGGAGUCCUUGAGGACUGCCUGAAGGUUGGGAGGGUUCUCCCUUUGGAAGAUAGACUGACUGUCCAGGAUGCCCCACCCCCAACCCUCCCCGCGGCCUCUGCCCCUAUGGGUAGGGGGCACUGAAGGAGUAGGUUUCCUGUUCUCCACCUCCAAAACAGGGAGCUGCUUCCAGGGGGCGGAGGAUGGGGGUGGGUGGGUAGAAGGCUCCAGGGCUGGAAGAAGAAAGUGGGGGAAGGGAAGUGUCUUAACUGGUGCGUCAGAGCCUGCAAGAGGAAAGGAUGGCUUUGGUAGUGCUCCCCCCCUUCCCAGCCUAAUGGUCAUACCACAGCCCUUGUGUCCCCUUGCAAAAUGCGGACCUCAGGCCCUUAGGCGGGGGAGGGUGGGGUCCCUUCUUAAUUAACCCUUUUAGCUCUAGUCCCAACUGGUUUAGCAGGCAUGGUCUGGUUAAUUUAGAAAGGGGAUGAGUCUAGGGGUUGCUCUGAGAAUUAGGAGAGUGCUCCUUUUCCCACCCAGCUUCGGGUGGAGCGCGCCACACAGGGUCUCCGCAAAGAGCACAGGCAGGGGUCAGCGCCCCAUCCCUCCCGGGGGUGGAGAGAGGGUACACCUCACUACCCACCCAGGCUCCGCCUCCCCCAAUCCCCGCUCCCGCUCAGCCACGCUCCCAACCCCGCGCACCCGGAGGACGGACGCCGAGCGUGAGGCUUCGCCUCCUCCCGCUCCCCGGCGCCCGCCCUCGCCGGGGUCUCUGCCUCCGUCUCGUUUUUUAAGAGCUGCGUCACACGCAUGCCGUUCCCGGGAGCGCUCCCUGCCCCUCGCCGCGCGGCGCACGCACGUCGCCGCUCGCGCCGCGCUCGCCCGGGUCACUUUGACACGGCUCUCCCCUCCCACUACCAGGACAAUUAGCAUAUUAAUAAAGCCCGGCCCAGCCCGACUCUGGCCGGAGAGCCGGCGCUUGCGAGAGGGAGAGGACGCGCGAACGAACGGGAGCGAGCGCGAGGGCGGCGGCGGGGAGGGCGGCGGGAGCGCACAGACACGCACACGCACACGCGCACACACGGACACACACUCCGGGGACGCACACCCGCGCGUACACACGCAGAGGCAGCUCGCCUUCCUGCCUGGCUUCCUUCCUGUCUGCUCCGCGCCUGACAGGCCCCUCGCUGCAGGCAGGGGCGGCCCGCACCGGGCAGAGGCCGGGCCGGGCCGGCGGCGCGGGCAUCGGGGGCCGCGGGCGGCGGCAGCGGCUCAUGCCCGGCCUGUCCCUGCGAGGGGCGGGCAUCGUGACUCGGCUGGGCCCCCAGCGGCGGGCGAUGUGAAGAUGUCAGUGGGCUGUGCCUGUCCUGGUUGUUCCUCAAAGUCAUUCAAGCUGUACUCGCCGAAGGAGCCCCCGAACGGCAACGCCUUCCCUCCCUUCCACCCCGGCACCAUGCUGGAUCGGGAUGUGGGCCCAACUCCCAUGUACCCACCUACAUACCUGGAGCCUGGGAUCGGGAGGCACACACCAUAUGGUAACCAAACCGACUAUAGAAUAUUUGAGCUUAACAAACGGCUACAGAACUGGACAGAGGAGUGUGACAAUCUCUGGUGGGAUGCUUUCACAACUGAGUUCUUUGAAGAUGACGCCAUGCUGACCAUCACUUUCUGCUUGGAGGAUGGACCAAAGAGAUAUACCAUUGGCCGGACCCUGAUACCACGCUACUUCCGAAGCAUUUUUGAGGGGGGUGCCACAGAGCUGUACUACGUGCUCAAGCACCCCAAGGAGGCAUUCCACAGCAACUUCGUGUCCCUCGACUGUGACCAGGGCAGCAUGGUGACCCAGCACGGCAAACCCAUGUUUACCCAGGUGUGUGUGGAAGGCCGGUUGUACCUGGAGUUCAUGUUUGACGACAUGAUGCGGAUAAAGACGUGGCACUUCAGCAUCCGGCAACACAGAGAGCUCAUCCCCAGAAGUAUCCUGGCCAUGCACGCCCAGGACCCCCAGAUGCUGGAUCAGCUGUCCAAAAACAUUACCCGGUGUGGGCUGUCCAAUUCCACUCUCAACUACCUCCGACUCUGUGUGAUACUAGAGCCCAUGCAGGAACUUAUGUCCCGCCACAAGACCUACAGCCUCAGCCCCCGAGACUGCCUCAAGACCUGCCUCUUCCAGAAGUGGCAGCGAAUGGUAGCGCCUCCCGCGGAGCCCGCACGACAGCAGCCCAGCAAACGGAGGAAACGGAAGAUGUCAGGGGGUAGCACCAUGAGCUCGGGGGGUGGCAACACCAACAACAGCAACAGCAAGAAGAAGAGCCCAGCCAGCACCUUCGCUCUCUCCAGCCAGGAUGUGAUGGUGGUGGGGGAGCCCACCCUGAUGGGCGGGGAGUUCGGGGACGAGGACGAGAGGCUCAUCACCCGGCUGGAGAACACCCAGUUUGACGCGGCCAACGGCAUUGACGACGAGGACAGCUUUAACAACUCCCCCGCACUGGGCGCCAACAGCCCCUGGAACAGCAAGCCUCCAUCCAGCCAAGAGAGCAAAUCGGAGAAUCCCACGUCACAGGCUUCCCAGUGAAGGCCCUACCACGGCCACCCAGCGCUCUGCCUGCCUACCCCUCACAGCUCCAGGGAGCAGAAGACGGAAUAAAGAGACUGGGCGUCUGAAAUGGGCAGCCUCCAUCCACCCACUUCAGGGAGGGACUGGACUCGCUGGGGGCAGGUGCCAAGAUUUGCCCCCCAGUUGCCCUGGGCUGGGCCUGGCCCCUGCAGAGCCUUUUGGGGGAAGGGGGUACUCAUGUGGAUGCCUGUGUGGACCCUGGGCCUCUGAGAAAUGUCCCGACCCUCCUCUCCCCAGGGCAUUUGCCCUCGUUCUUACCCCAGGUUCUGGGUGCCCCAUCUUCCUGAUUUCUCCCUUGGAUCCUGGGGUUUAUACCUACAGCCCUUAGGGGCUAAAUGUUGGGGCUGUGGUUGAACGCCCUUCCCCUAGGUGGCUGUCAACAGAGGGUAAAAUUCUGGGCUCCUCCCUUUUGCCACUUACCCAGCUCCAAGUUUUUAAAAAAAUAAUAUUAUUAAAAAUGUAAAUUAAAAAAAAAAGUCACUCAUGUUCCCCUAUUCCCCUGUUGAAAAUCCAGCUUCCUCCUUCCUUCUGACGGAUGGAGGGCCUAGGGCCCAGGUGGGGGUGAGCAUUGGGCAGAGGAGUACACACACAGUUUAUACAGUUUGAGCCGCGCUUCAGAACAAGUCUUUGCCAUCUCUCUUCUCUUUCCCUCCGGGUGAUGAGUUUUGGAGCAUGCCAUUGGUUGGGGGUGGGAUCAUUGGUGACCACAUCUUUUGACAACCCCCUGUUGUCUGUCUCCCCAACCUCCAGGGCUCUGGCCUGGCCUCCUGGUCCUGGGAGUCCCUCUAGCCCCACCCCUCCACAGUGUGUAUUUUUACAGUCCUCUACUAGAGCAGCUGUUUCGGAUGGGUGGGGAGGUUCCCUCCCUCAGGGAGCACAGAGGGAAGGGAGCUGCUUUGUUUGUCACUGUGUUUUUGUCUCAGUGUCACGAAUAGGAUGAGAGGACUUUGUCCCCUCCACCCCAGAACUCUCCCAGCUUUUCAGACUGCAUCCAGUCCUAACCUCUCUGAGGGCAGGGAGCCACUAAGGCCAUCCAGCUUAAGCCCUUCAGGGAGAGAAAGGCCUCUAUCUCCCCCACGUCCCCAACUGAAGCAGACAUGCCUCUCCCCAUGUCCCCUCAGAUGGAGGAGCAGCAGCCAGUGACCUCCGCUCCAGUUCCUAGUUGGAGCCUGUGGAGGCUCAGGGUGAGGCGAGGAGAGGGCAAGAGCAGGGUUCUCGGGCUCGUGGCUCUGCUGCCUCUUCCUGUGGGCAGUCCCAGGGUGUGUGGGUGCCUGCUCUCCCCCCAUUCUCCCUUUUAGAUUAUGGGGUCCCUUGGGUCCUCUGUGCCAGCCACUUUCGGGAGGAUGCUCUCAGGAGCCAAAGGAAAGGGUGAGGUGAAGUUGGAUGUCCCAUCGCCGCUUUUUCCCCCUAUUCUUGCCUUUUUUUCUUUUUUCAUUUUUCUUUUUUUUUUUCCUUUUUUCCUUUUUUUUUUUUUUUUUUCUUUUUUCUUUUUUUUGGCCAUUUGAGUCAUGUAUGGUACCAAUCAAUAAAGAGACUUUUUGGGUU